AUGGAUAACCCCUCUGGUGGCUCCCCCGGCAAGUCUCCCUCCGGCCUAGACCCCAACCGACAGCCCGAGAACACCAACGGCAGCGACGGCGGAUCCACUUCAAAUCAACCGCAGCAGUCCACGAAGAGGAAGAGGGGCCGUACAGAUUCGAAGGCUGCGGCCGGAGGACCCAGCCGUUCAUCGGCGAAGCCAAAGUUCGAUGCGCCGGACGUGGCGAGCCCCUGCAGCGUGUGCGGGAAGCGGUUCGCGUCGUGGAAGGCGCUGUUCGGGCACAUGCGGAGCCACCCGGACCGGCAGUGGCGGGGGGUGCACCCGCCGCCCACUUUCAACCGAGAAGGUUCGCCGGAGAAUGUUGGGCAGGCGGCACCGGGCGGCGAUCAAGAGGUGGCGGGUUAUCUAUUGAAGUUGGCGACGCAAGUGAAGAGCGCGAUGGAGAAGCAACAGCAUAUGUAUGAGUCUGGUGGUGCAAGGCCGUCGAGCACAACUGCUGAUCCAAGGAGGGGCUUGCACUUCGAUUUGAACCUGCAGCCUCAUGAUGACUAUUUGGACCAAGGUCUCCCUUCUAAUGAUCCUGUUUCUUCUUCUGUGGCUGCUUUUGCCAUUGAUCUUAACAUGCCUGCGCCUCCGGACAGCGAUGAGGGUGGUGACGAUGAGUGA